AUGUAUCUUAAGAGGCUGCUCACUUCGGCUGCAGCCCUGAGCGGCUCCGUCUUUGCCCAGAGCAAGGAUGGGGUGGAGGCGCUCGAUGGCCCCGGCAAUGACCUAUACGUCAAGGACCUUUCUGGAUGCCCGGGAUACAAGGCCACAAAGCACUGGCAGACUCGGUCUGGCUUUUAUGCAGACUUGACCCUCGCUGGGCCGGCAUGCAAUGUCUUCGGAACUGAUCUCCCAGACUUGAAGCUUGAAGUCGAGUAUCAGACUAGCGAUCGUCUCCACGUCAAGAUCUUGGACACCAACAACACGGUCUAUCAAGUUCCAGACAGUGUUUUCCCGCGCCCUGGGUUCGGUGAAUGGUGUUCUCCGAAGGACAGCAAGCUCAAAUUCGACUUCCAAGCCGACCCAUUCUCGUUCACCGUGUCUCGGACGGAUACCGGCGAAGUGCUCUUCGAUACCACCGGCAACAAGCUGGUAUUCGAGAGCCAAUAUGUGUACCUGAAGACACACCUGCCGCAGAACCCACAUCUGUACGGACUGGGCGAGCACAGCGAUGCCUUCAUGCUCAACACGACCAACUACACCCGGACCAUCUACACCCGUGAUUCUUACGGAACGCCUCAGGGCGAGAACUUGUACGGCGCUCAUCCCAUCUACUUUGACCACAGGCACACUGGUACUCACGGAGUGUUCCUACUCAACUCCAACGGUAUGGAUAUUUUCAUCGACAACAACGCCACCCAGUUCCUUGAGUACAACAUCAUCGGUGGUGUUCUCGAUUUCUACUUCAUUGCUGGACCCUCCCCACGUGACGUGGCCAUCCAGUACGCUGAAAUCACCCAGACCCCAUUGAUGACUCCUUACUGGGGACUGGGUUAUCACCAGUGCAAAUACGGCUAUCAGGACGUCUACGAGGUUGCCGCUGUUGUCGCCAACUACUCAACCAACAACAUUCCCCUCGAAACAAUCUGGACUGAUAUUGACUACAUGGACCGUCGCCGCAUCUUCACGAUUGAUCCAGAACGGUUCCCGGCUGAUCUGUAUAAAGAUCUUGUGGACACAGUCCAUGCAAGGGACCAGCGUUACAUGGUCAUGGUCGAUCCUGCCGUGUACUACAAGGAGUCUAACCCGGCGCUCGAUGAAGGUCUCAAAUAUGACAUCUUCAUGAAGGAGACCAACGGCACUGAAUAUCAGGGUGUCGUUUGGGCUGGUCCCAGUUACUUCCCGGACUGGUUCCACCCUGAGUCCCAGCAGUACUGGACUGAGCAGUUCCUGACGUUCUUCGACGGGACCAAUGGUCCUGAUAUUGAUGCUUUGUGGAUCGACAUGAAUGAGCCCGCAAACUUCUACAACCGCCCGUACCCAGGCAACAACACCACCCCCGAGAAUUUCGCCGAAGUGGACGGUGACCCUCCCGCUGCACCACCAGUUAGAGACGGCCCGGAUGCUCCUAUCCCUGGCUUCCCAGCCAGCCUUCAGCCAAACUGGGUUAGCGACGACGCGACCGAAAAGCCCGCAACUCCUGCUGUUGUCAAACGUGAACGCUCGCGAUCCCGCCGCAACCUCGGUGCUGGCCACUGGCGGUCUGCCAAGGGUAAAUUCGACUCGCGCGCUGGCUGGCAACACGGCAAACAGACCGGUUCUGGCUGCGGUCCCAACGAGUGCAAGGGCCUUCCCAACCGUGAGCUCAUCAGGCCGCCAUACAUGAUCCAGAACGGCGCCGGUCCCACUCUUGCCGACAGCACCGCCGACACGGAUCUGGUGCAGAGUGGUGGAUACGUCCAAUACGAUACCCACAACCUUUACGGCGCUAUGAUGUCCUCGCACUCUCAUAAUGCCAUGCGAGCUAGGCGUCCGGAUGACCGAGCUUUGGUGAUUACCAGGAGCACGUUUGCCGGCUCUGGAAAGGAUGUGUCUCACUGGCUUGGAGAUAAUGUAUCCGGGUGGCUUUGGUACCGCCUCUCCAUCAGUCAGAUUCUGCAGUUCGCGUCCUUGUACCAAAUCCCCGUCGUGGGUCCCGACGUUUGCGGUUUCGGUGGUAAUGUCACAGAGACCCUCUGUGCCAGAUGGGCAACCCUUGGCUCCUUCUACACAUUCUUCCGCAACCACGCCGAGAUCUAUGCCAACCCUCAAGAAUUCUACCGCUGGCCGACCGUAGCUCAAGCCGCCCGCAACGGAAUCUCCAUCAGAUACCAGCUCCUUGACUACAUCUACACAGCUAUCUACAAGCAAAACCAAACCGGCACACCCACCCUCAACCCCCUAUUCUUCAACUACCCCAACGACCCCAACACUUACCCCAUUGACCUCCAGUUCUUCUACGGUGACGGAAUCCUCGUCUCUCCCGUCACAGAGGAGAACAGCACAAGCGUCACCUUCUACCUCCCCGACGACAUCUUCUACGAAUGGGGCACCGGCAAGCCCGUCCGCGGACAGGGCGAAUACGUCUCCCUCGACAACAUCGACUACACAGACAUCACCGUCCACUAUAAGGGUGGCAUUGUCUACCCCCAGCGCGUCGAGAGCGCGAACACCACCACCGCUCUGCGCCAGAAGGGCUUCAACAUUGUUGUUGCGCCGGGCUUGGAUGGCCACGCCGAGGGCUCGCUGUAUCUUGAUGACGGCGAGUCAGUUGUGCAGGAUACUGUGUCGGAGAUCGACUUCGUUUAUGAGGAUGGUAAGCUUAGUAUGACGGGUUCGUUUGAGUACGAGGCUGGUGUUAAUAUUGAGCUCAUCACUGUCUUGGGUGUGGAGAGCAAGCCUGAGGGCGUUGAUGGUGAUGAGGAUGUGGAGUAUGAUGCCGAGAACCAGAAGUUGGUGAGACAUGUUGAUGUGCCUUUGACGGGCGAGUAUGAGGUUACGAUUCUGUGA